CCUCUUUUGGGGUGGGGGCUGGGGGCCAGGCAGAAAAGUGUCUGCCGAAGACUCACAGGGCACCGGGGAGACUAAAUGACUGCUGUCCCUUGUGGACAUGGGGAAGAAGUUGGUGAUGGCCCAGAAGCGGGGAGAGACCCGAGCCCUUUGCCUGGGUGUGGCCAUGGUGGUGUGCGCCGUCAUCACCUACUACAUCCUUGGCACGACCGUGCUGCCCCUCUACCAGAAAAGCGUGUGGACCCAGGAAUCCAUGUGUCACCUGAUUGAGACCAACAUCAGGGACCAGGAGGAGCUGGAGGGCAAGAGAGUGCCCCAGUACCCGUGCCUGUGGGUCAACGUGUCAUCCGUGGGCCGGUGGGCCGUGCUGUACCACACGGAGGACACUCGGGACCGGAACCAGCAGUGCUCCUACAUCCCAGGCAGCCUGGACAACUACCAGAUGGCCCGGGCUGAUGUGGAGAAGGUUAGAGCCAAAUUCCACCAGCGCCAGGUUUUCGACUGCUUCUCCACGACUCGGGAGAAUGAGACGAGUGUCCUGUACCAGCGCCUCUACGGUCCCCAGACCCUCCUCUUCUCCCUCUUCUGGCCCACCUUCCUGCUGACCGGUGGCCUCCUCGUUAUCGUCAUGGUGAAGAUCAACCAGUCCCUCUCCAUCCUGGCAGCCCAGAAGUAGCCCCAUCCACACCACCUCACUGCUCGGGCCACCAGGGGCUGGAUGGGUCCCCGGGCUGCUCCUCACUUGUGUCCCCACGCCUCCUCCCCCGGCCUUCCCACCCUCCCCCCU